AUGCAGUUGAAGUAUCUUCAAAGUGUCAUUUCUCCUCAGGAUACAUCUGUCAAAGUAGUGGGAUUAUGUUGGUCUCCCAACAAUUUGAAAUUGGCAGUUGCCACAGCGGAUCGCACAAUAUCUUUAUUUGAUGAUAAAGGUGAUAAAAAAGACAAAUUUUCACUUAAACCUUCUGAUUCUAAGUAUGGGAAAAAAAGUUUUUCCGUUAAAUGUAUUGCUUUUUCACCUGAUUCGACCAAAAUUGCCGUGGGACAAACAGAUAAUAUCGUUUACGUUUAUAAAAUUGGUGAAAGAUGGGGUGAUAAAAAAGUUAUUUGUAAUAAGUUUGCCGUGAGUUCUGCAAUUACAAAUCUCAUUUGGCUUUCCCAAGGAUCUCUUAUUUUUGGCACAGCGGAUGGCAAAGUAAGAUUAGGAAAUUGUAAAACCAAUAAAGCUUCAACGUUGUAUGCUACAGACUCAUUUGUGGUCUCUUUAGCAUCAAACUUUAAGGGUACCGGUUUUUUAUCCGGACAUGCGGACGGAACGGUUGUUCGUUAUUAUGUUUCUGAUGAUUCUUCAAUGGAACCUCAAGGUAAAGUCUUAGUUUGUUCAUCUCCACCGUAUGCUCUCGCUUGGACUCUUAAUCAUAUUUUGACUGCCGGUUGCGAUAAAAGAGUAACCAUAUACGAAAAAGACGGAAAAAUUUUAAGAACUAUAGACUACAAUAAAGAAAACGAAAAGGGAUUUACCGUUGCUUGUUGUUCACCAAGCGGACAAGCCGUAGCACUCGGAAGUUUUGACAGAAUCAGAUUACUAAGUUGGAAUUCCAUUAAAGGGAUUUGGGAAGAAAGUACUAGCAAGGAAAUUAAAAAUUUGUACACUAUAACCGCUUUGCAUUGGAAAAGAGAUGGAUCAAGAGUGGCUUGUGGAACUUUGUGCGGAGGAGUACUGUUGUUCGAAUCUGUUUUAAAGCGAACAAUAUACAAAAAUAAAUUUGAAAUUACUUAUGUUGGACCCAGUCAAGUAUUGAUAAAAUCCAUUAACAAUUCAGAUAAUGGAAUUAUGUUAAAAUCUCAAUACGGUUAUGAGGUUAACGAUGUUCGGAUUAUGGGAAAAGAUCGUUAUAUUGUUGCAAGAACUCCUCAUACAAUAUUUUUGGGUGAUUUAGAAAAAAAUUUAGUCAGUGAAAUAAUGUGGCCUAAUUCUGGAAGAAAUGAAAAAUUUUAUUUUGACAAUGCUAAUGUUUGCUUAAUAUUUAACGUAGGCGAAUUGUCAUUAGUUGAAUAUGGAGAAAAUAAAAUUUUAGGAUCAGUGAGAACAGAAUUUAUGAAUCCACAUUUAAUAAGUGUAAGACUUAAUGAGAGACAAAUAUCCGGUUCUGAAGAUAAUAAAAAAUUAGCCUAUCUUCUCGACUUAAAAACAAUAUGUAUCAUCGAUUUAGCGUUCGGCGUGACAGUUGCUCAUAUCAGUCACGAUGCCAAAGUAGAUUGGUUGGAACUUAAUGAAACCGGCUACAAACUACUAUUUCGUGAUAAAAAACAAAGGUUAAUGCUUUUGGAUCUACGUUCGGGAAGGAAAGAAGCCAUUUUGACUAAUUGUACUUUUUGGAUUCCUGGAAGUGACGUUGUAGUUGCUCAGUCUCUUAAUAAUUUAUGCGUAUGGUACAACAUAGAUACUCCAGAACGCGUCACUCUUUUUCAAAUCAAAGGAGAAAUAGUUGAUGUCAUACGAGCUGAAGGCAGGACCGAAGUUAUAGUGCAAGAUGGUAUUCAUCAAUUAGGAUAUGAAUUGGACGAAGGAUUGGUAGAGUUCGGAACGGCCAUUCAUGACAAGGAUUUCGGUCGUGCUGUUUUAUUUCUUGAAAGUAUGGGAAAUAGACCUGAGGCAGAUGGCAUGUGGCAAAAUCUAGCUGACAUUGCGCUAAGUCUUCAAAAUUUGAGAGUGGCCGAAAGAUGUUUCGCAGCUUUGGGAGAUGUAAGCAAGACUCAUUUCUUAAAAGAAACGAUAAAAAUUGGGACAUCGUUUGCUGAACAAAAUAACACAGAUGUUUUAUCUUGUCCAGAAGUCUGGGUGCGGUUGGCAAUUUUAAAAAAGCAAAUAAAAGAAGCCGAACAAAUUUAUUUGGAACAAAAUGAAAUUGAUAAAGCAAUUGAAAUGUAUCAAAAAUUUCAUAAAUGGGAGGAAGCUUUAAAAUUAGCCCGUUCGAAAGGUAAUGCAGAAAGUGAAAUCCUUCAGGAAAGACAUUUGAAAUGGUUGAUGGAAACGCGUCAAGAAGAAAAAGCUGGAGACUUGAAAGAAAAGGAAGGAGAUCAUUUAACUGCAUUAAAUUUAUACUUAAACGCGAAACAACCUGGUAGAGCUUUCCGUCUUUUACAAAACUACACCUAUCUUUUAGAAAACGAACAAAUCGUGAAUAAAGUAAUAUCAUCUCUAAUAAAAGCUGAUAUGAUGGAACAAGCUGGUAUGCUUUACGAAAAACUUAACGAUUAUCACAAAGCCUUAGAGUGUUAUAAGAAGGGAAAAAUUUUUCCAAAAGCUGUCGAAUUAGCCAAAAAAGUUGCUCCUAAUGAAAUCAAAUUAUUAGAAGAGCAAUGGGGAGAUUGGCUCACCGAGUCGAAACAAUUAGAUGCUGCUAUUAAUCAUUAUAUUGAAGCCAGAAAAACUGUUAAGGCUUUGGAAGCUGCCGUUAAUGGAAGACAGUGGAAAAAAGCCUACCAAAUUAUACAAGUCAUUGAUGAUGUGGAAUCAGUUUUGGUUUAUUAUCAAAAGAUAGGAGAAUAUUUUUUAUCUGUUAAAGAAUACCAAUUAGCAGAAGAUAUGCUUCUCAAAUGUGGUAUGUUCAGGGAAGUCAUUGACAUGUACAACAAUGCAGGACAAUGGGACAAAGCUCAUAAAAUUGCAAGUAAAUAUUUAGACAAUGAUGAAGUGACUACUAUGUACCUAUCCCAAGCCCAAGCAUUGGAGGAUAGCGGAAAACUAAAAGAAGCUGAAAAAGUAUUUGAAUCUAUUUCAAAGCCUGACAUGGCCAUCUCAAUGUAUAAAAAACACCGAAAAUACGAUAACAUGAUAAAACUCGUUAAAACAUAUCAUCCUGAAUUGGUAACCAUAACCCACAAGCAUUUGGCACAAGAAUUAGAAGCAGGAAAACAAUACAAAUUGGCAGAACAACAUUACAUUCAAUCGAAUGAAUGGAAAUCCGCAGUAAAUAUGUAUAGGUUGGCAGAUAUGUGGGAUGAAGCUCAUAGAAUAGCAAAAACCCAUGGAGGAACAGAAGCUGGGAAUCAGGUUGCUUUUCUUUGGGCUAAAACCUUAGGUGGCGAUGCAGCGGUUCGACUAUUAAAUAAGUUUAAUCUUUUAGAGCAAUGCAUUGAUUAUUGUUGUGAUAGUUAUCAGUUUGAUUUCGCGUUCGAAUUGGGAAAACUUUCCAUGAGUGAAAAACUUCCCAAUAUACAUUACAAGUAUGCAUUAGCUUUAGAAGAUGGUGGAAAAUUUCAAGAAGCAGAAGAGGAAUUUCUAGAGGCCGGUAAACCAAAAGAAGCUAUUUCAAUGUAUAUUCAUGCUAGAGAAUGGGAAAAAGCUGAGGCGGUAGCAGAGAAAUAUGACAAAAAUAGUUUACCGGAUGUUUUAUUAGCUCAAGCUAAAAACGUGAUGGAUCGUGAAAAUCCAUCUGCUAUUGAAAGUUUGCUUUUGAGAGCUCAAAAACCUGAAAUGUUAAUUAAAUAUUAUCAAGAUAACGAUAUGUGGGUCGAUGCUCUAAGGAUUUGCAAAGAAUAUUUGCCAUCUAAACUCUCGGCGAUUCAAAGCAUGUACGAUAGGCAAGUCGGUAGCAAAGGAUCUUUGACGUCAGUUCUUGCCCAAGCUCGUGAAUGGGAACAAAAUGGACAAUUUAAACAAUCAAUACAAUGUUACAUAAAAAUCAGUACAUUGUCAAACGAUAAAGAAACAAUUGUUAAUUCCUUAUUAAAAGCUGCUGAUUUAACAUCAAAAUUUGCUGAUCCGGACGAUGCGAUUAUGGUAAGCAGAAGCGUAUGCCCAAAAUUGAUUGAAUACAAACAAUACGGUAGUGCUGCUCAGUUGUAUAUGACUUGCGAUUUAAUACCAGAAGCUGUUGAUGCGUACAUAAAAGGUGAAGAAUGGAGCAAAGCACGAAAAAUUGCCAAAGAAUACGAACCACGAUUAGAAUUAUACGUUGAAAACAAGUAUAAAGAACACUUAACAAUGGCGGGUAAUAUAGAACAAUUGGCAGACGUCGAUGCGACAGCAGCUUUAAAUCUUUUAGCACGUCAAGGAUCUUGGACUCAAUGUUUCGAAACGGCAAAGCAAUAUGGUUCCCAGGUACUACACAAGUAUGUUGCCAUCCACGCCGCUCAGCUACUGAAAGAAGAAAAAAGUUUAGAAGCGUUGAAUUUGUAUACGAAAUACGAAGCACCAGCAUAUCAACAAAAUUACAACAUAUACAAAAAAAUCACGAGCGACAUAUUUGGAAUGCCUGAUAUGAACGAACCGGAAUCUUAUGACGUUUGGGCGGAAUUGAGAAACAUGCUUUUUAACUUAACGGAAAAUAUUCGACAUUCUCAAGAAGCUGAAUCUGCCACUCAUAACGAAUUCGAAACCCUUUUAACCAUAUCUCAUUAUUAUGCUGCAAGAUCUGCAUAUAAAGGAAUCAAAAACCUGGAAAAUUUAGCUGCGAAAAUUUCUAUCGCUCUUCUCAGAUACACGGACGUAAUACCAGCCGACAAAGGUUUUUUCGAAGCCGGAGUUGAUGCCCGAGCCGUUGGUAAAGAUAGCGAAGCUUUUGUAUUUUUAAAUCGUUAUUUGGAUAUUUGCGACGCCAUUGAAGAAGAACAAUCGGAAUUUACGGAUUUUAAUGAAAUGUCAGAUUUUUCAAUAACGGAUUUCCCAUUGGAAGUUCCUUUGUCGGCAACUCAAACUAUCGACUCUGUUAAACACGAAGAAGUAAAAGAUUGGGUUUUGUCAGUAUCAAUGGAUCAAAGAAUCGAUCAAGUUUUACCUUUGGACGAUAGAAAUUUAUACGAAUCCAGUUUAACUUCGAUUAAUUACGCAGAAGCUGCUGCAUUGCCAUGCGUUGUCACAGGUUAUCCCGUACUCACAGGAAGAGGAAGAAAACCAAUCGAAUUUAAAAAUACUGGAAAAGCAGCCAAUAGAGAUGAUUGGAACAGUUUGAUCAUGUCGGCAAAAACAUCGAUGGGAUCACAUUUGAACGACGUUAUUACAUUUAUUAAUGAUUGGUGUGGAAAUAUUCCAAGCGUUAAUUUUUAA